CUGACGCUUGAAUGUUUGCAUUAAACAUUCUUGGAUCCAAACGGAAAGCAAGCAGAAACUUAAAAAUGGUGUAUAAAACUGGAAAAUACGGAACAAACUCCGGCAACACGUUCAGAACAAGAAACAUCAAGUUUAAUCACAACUAUAGCAAUUCCGCAUUCUUGAUAAGGAGUCACAUCGGCGAUUCACAAGACCGGGAUUUCUACAAAACCGGCGCGUUUGGGGAAGGGAACGCACUUUCAGAUAAUGUGGCGUUUUCACUGAACAAACAACGGCGCUGGGAGCUGCCGGAGGUGCUGGAAAACCUUAUCCUGAAUGGCUUAGAUGCUGAGGAGUAUGGUGUCCAGGUUGUCACCCACCACAAGGUCAAACAAUCUGCAAAUUGCGUGAGCGUUGUCGCAACUGACGGCGUUUACAAUAAUGGCGAUAUCGACAAGAACAGUAAGUUCAAGAUUAAAAACAGCGGCGGAUAUUUUCAGCUCAAUAGCGCAAUUCAAGGAAAAUCGUCAGUUUCAAAAAGACGACGACGAGCAAAUCGACGAAGGCAAUUAAGACCUAGGCCGGAAGACCCGAACGAUAACGACACACCGGGAAACGAGGAAAGAUGCCAGAUUAGGUAUGAGGUGUUACUGCCCUGCCCAAGUACCAGUUAUCUUGCAUAUGAAGCCAAGAAAGUAGGCAUGGAAACCCGAAAGCCGUAUGUUUGGACGGGGUACCAGGACUCUAAUAGCAAACAUCGGAGACGCGGGAAUCUUAACGGCCAUAUCAACGAAUGCAUAGACAUUAUGAACGAUGAGCUUCUGUAUGAUUCGGAGGAGGACUAUUCAGAGAAUGAAAGCGUUGAGACUGGCUAUGCAUCGAAAGAAAAAGACUACACAAUGGCAUUGAGUGAUUUAAUUGUACAUGCAAAAACCGCUAAUUAUUUACUAAGACAAAGACGCGUCGCCUCUACAGGAAGUGAGGGAGAUGAAACCGACACGAGGUGCAAUACAAAAGGCCGCAUCUUUGUUGAAAACAAUCAUACAGAGACCGACAGUUCGCAAACUUCAACCGAAAUUAAAUCACAGAGAAAAGAAAGGUACGUCGAAUCGUCUCCUGUUUCAAUUAUCCUCAGCAAUGACGACACCUGCCCCGACUUCUUGAGUGAUCGAUUUGGAAACGCUUGCUUUGAGGCCAUGUGCUUUCCACGAAAAUUUGUAUUAGACAUAUCGGAAAGGAUCCGCGGUAUUAAAGAAUACAAUACAUACCGACGAAACGAUAUUCGCACUACGGCAUUUCUGGUUUUUGUCCAUGACGCAGACAACGAAAUGAACACUGAAAAGGAAUCAGUAUAUCAGGUACAUCUGAAUGCUAAUUUUAAAGGUGGGUUAAUAAGGUCAACGCGAAUAGAAACCAUAUUUGACUACAUGGAGACACAUGUUGAAGAAGUCAUUGAAAGAACUUUGUUUUACGUUGAAACACUUCCUGUUAAUGCGCUCUUUGUCGAUAAACCAGUACCAGACCACAGGAUCUGCAAGUCUACCACAACAGUUGAACAAUGCUUGAAAUGGACAACACAAACGUAUAUACCGAAUGACAACUUUCUCAUUCAAUACAUAAGAACAGAACAAUCAAAUGUGUGUGAAGAAGCAGAAUCGCUGGGUUACGAGAUAGUUUCCGUCUUCGAUACAGCAAUGAGUGACGAUUUAAAAGAUGUGACAUGCCAGCAUGGCCGACUUUGCUCCAUUUGUUUUGAAGAGCUGAGCCAAAGUAGCCGAGGCACUGCUUUGAUGGCAUGUAGUCACUGGUUUUGUGACUGCUGUUGGAAAGAAUACAUUAACACGCAAAUCAGCGAGGGCGUAGACAUGAUUGAGUGCCCAGAAUUUGAUUGUAGCCGCGAAGUUGACAUUGGUUCCAUGAUUUCGCUCGUAAACGCAAAACAAGUUAUACGGUAUUCAAAACACUGCCAUGACAACAAAAUAGAAAAGCAAACUGUGACCUGCUGGUGCCCGAACUCUGCUUGCCGACGGGUAAUAAAACUAUCUACUCCCGAGGUCAAGUUUGCGGCUUGCUCGUGCGGCACGCGGUUCUGUGUUGAUUGCCUAAGUUCCUCACACUGGCCGGCACCGUGUUCAAAAUUCUCGGAUUACACUGACCGAAUGCGAAAAUCUGGGGAUAGUUCUCUGUUGCCCCCUGAAGCGAUAAAGCCAAUUACUGUAAAUGGAAAGAAUUGUCCAAACUGCCAUCGCUUUGUAGAGAAGAACGGGGGUUGCCCAUACAUGUACUGCAUUUGUAGAACGGCAUUUUGCUGGGGAUGCGGACAUCUAUGGUCUUCUAGAUCUCAUGGUUCAUCCUGUUACAAAAAUGGUCAAAACGACAAGCACAAUACAAAAGUAUAUACUGUUCAAGCAGAUCAACUAUCUGACAAAAAGAGGCAUGGCUGGUAUAAGCAAGCUCUUCAGCACCGUGUUAAUCAACAUCCUGCCAGAAUAUCAAAACUUAGUGCUGCAGUCCGAGGUCUUACAAAACAAGUUCAAACAGUUCUUGUAAAAUCUGCUCAGAAAGGUGAACCGAUAUCUCUCGAUAUUGCAGACGAAGACCCGAACAAUACGUUCACCACCAGUCAAAGGUUUUUAAGGAACACUGUUAGUAUGUACGUUGAAAUGAACAAUAUCGUUGAGAACACGUCCGUUUUGUUUAAUUCCGACGAACUUGACUCAGUUCGCCGCCAAAAGCUUCAGAACAUUUCGAGGAGACUGUCCACGUUUGUAGAGCUGAUUUUCGGCCUGCUCGUGAGCGAUGCAAAAGGAUUUGCUGAAGUGAAGGAAAUGGUGGAGAGACUGGUAAACAUCAGAUACCAUUCCAGAAAUGCCAUCCGCUCAUUAGUAAAAAAUGUAAACGCUUUGUAAAUUUGAUGUGAAAACAAUGACCAUUUUUCAUUUUUACAUGGGUAUAAAAAUUGUGAUAAUUAAGUGUAUGAAGGAAUUUCUGAUAUAAAAUGUGUUGACUUUUUAGUGGGAGACGAAGUACUUUCUAGAUUGAUUUACGACAUGAAUUUAAAGUGCACGUUGUCUAUACGUAUAUGUAUAGAUAUUUCUUCAACCCCCAAACGUGUUUUUAGUCUCUCAUGUCUGCCAAUUAUCGAAAACCCAACAUAAGUACAUUAUUUAUUUUCGCCAUAUUAAUUAUUUCAAUUUGAUUUAACAGGAUAAUAAAAAUAGUAAAUCGUGAUUAUAGUAAAAAUAAUUUUGAAUUGAAUUUAUAUCUUUAAACUCUUUAAAAUGAGAAUAUUACACAAAUUGUAUCCGAGAACAAUUACAAAAUCUUUACUGUUGUUCAGAAUUGCAUCAAUUAAGGAUUCGAAACGCUUUUGAUUAUCUACACCGCCCCUACUCCCAUUGUUGUGUACCAAACUUUCUUCUUUUCCUCCGUAGUGUCUUGCUUAUUAACUUGAUUACCUUUAACUCUUUUCACCACCUUGAUCAACCAAUCUCCCAGCCAUAAUGUGAUGGCUUACUUUAGUACUUUUUAAUAACUAAAUAUUGAUAACAGUUGAAACACUUAUUCCUUUAUUUAUAAUAUUCUAAAAGUGUGCAUUCUACCGUAAAUAAGUGUACAUAGAAACGUAAUUAGCUAUGCUUUCAUUUUCAUCCUUUGCAAUAUAUAAUAGAAUGGCAUAUAAUGUUGAGUGUUUGAUGUAUACGAUGAAUAAAAUAUGUUUAAACAAAAUUGUAUCCUAAAGAAAUCGUGUGCUGGCCCAAAUAUCUCAAAACAUAUCAAGAAAAAUCGCAAGCCGCACUCGGCAGUUUUAUGACGUCAUCGAUUCAUAAAAUAUGACAUCAGCGGUCCAUAUAAGUAUUUUUUUGCGAGGGCUGGACCGG